ACCAUCUUUCUCCGAACCUCUGGAAUCCUCCAGCUCAUCUCCAAGUUUAUUCUGGGCUUGCAAGAAAUGCCGUUUCGACCACCACCUGAACAAGUCGUGGAAUUUAUGGUCAAGUCGAUGGGUUCAAAGUUUGUGAUGCGAGAUACCCUCAAGGAAAUGAGGGCUUAUCGGGACGAUACUAAAAAACGGAUUGAACUGCUCCAAACUGAAUCUGACGAACUGCGACUCCGUCUCGAGAAAUAUUGCACAAUUUACACCCCAUACGAGGCCCUCGACCCGGAAGAUUUCGCCCACUUGGCAUCCACUCAACCCGAUCAACCACCCUUCAUUAGUCCCAUGGACUUUAUCUUUCCACCCGAAAUGAGAGCAAUCUCACCCAUCCUGGGACCAGGGGAGGGUGACGAAGAGGAAGAGGAGGACGGAGAACAAGACAAGUUCGAGACCAUAACGGACGUCGUGGUUGAGCUGGUGGCACGAAACCGGGCAGCAGCGGCGUCCCAACAAGCGGGACAAGAACAGCUUCCAACUGAACCUCUGCCAACUCCACCCCCACAAAAUAAUGCGGAAGAAGUAGUAGCUAAACCGGAUGGUGAACUGGAGGAGUCCGAACCUGGUGGCAAGAAACUUCAGCAGUCUCUCGACGAGGCCAGCGCCAUGAUUCGGAGGCAAGUGUUGAUCUCGGCGCAGGAAAAGUACGGGCAAAUGGCGGUGAUUGAGAGGGAUGAUCUCGACAUAGAAGGACUUCUCCAGCACUUCAAGGCACUCGGUCCAAACAUGUUCGCGUCAAUUAAGAGCAGCAAGAUGAAGUUGACGAGUGCUAAAAGUAGGAAUCUUGACGAUUGUGCUAAUCUUCCUCUCGUGGAAAUUCCUAUGACCAGUGAGGAUAGAAUGAGGGGUCAAAUGGAAGGAAUGUUACAGGCGGGAGGUGCCAGUGAGCCUAAAAUGCCUCCUUUCGUCCUCACCCAAAUGCGAAAGUAUACACAAGGCACCACAAUUUUUAGGGAACCACAAGGACAAAUUAUUAAAUCGGGCGAAUGAGCGUCAAUCGUGCAUUAAUAUGUCUGAGAUAAUCCUGUAAAUUAGUGUAGUGUUAAUUUCAUCUGCCUGUCUAUCCGAGUGUGUCUAAUUUAAAUAGCUCUAUAUAUUAAAUAAUAGAAUUGAGUAUAAUAUACAAUCUGUUGCAUAUUUAUCAUUCAUUACCAAUAAAUUAGUGAUGCCAUAUUUUCUGAAGCCAAAUAGUUGAAACAAAGUCAUCAUUAUCACGAAAUUUUUACUGCGCUCGGUCAAAAUUUCUAAUCCACGGAAAACGAUGGUUUAUCUUUCUUAUCAAUAAUUCUUAUAAAGUUUUUUAAGUAAUAUUUAAGGAAUAUUAUUUAUUUUGACAUAAAUUGCGAGAUUAGGAAUCCGAUUUGGAAAAAAUGUAAUAAUUUAAUGAUGUUUAUACAAUUACAAGAUGAGACUCUUUCUCCCAUCAAAAAUUAUGAAAAUAAAAUCUAAUUGCAAAUAACAUGACAUUUUUAUUAUAAUUAUACAAAGACAUAAAAUACCAGUAAAAAAUGGUACCGAAAGCGGUGAUACAAAAAAUUCUGCAAUCUAUUUUUUUGUUAACUUGUGAUUCUGCCUCAUUCUGCCUCAUUCAUAUUUAGCAGUGUGUUUAUGGUAGUAAAUGUAAUUUUUUUGGUGAAUGUAAAAUUAAAUGUAAAAUGCAAAAUUAUAUGUAAGCGUUGCCAAGAAAAUUAGAUUCCGGAUAAGAAAUGGUUCAGAAAAUUUUAUUUCACUGUCGCACUCAGAACCCAACUCUAAUCAUUUUUGGUCCCAAUAAAAUUCACGUGAACACAACGACAACGCUUUAUUGCAAAUUUUGUAGGAUCAUGGAAGACUCGGAACCCCAAAAGUUUCGAAAGUUUGUUCGAUCUAUCGAAUUUUUCUUUGGACUUUUCAAAGCUUGUCAAUGGGGCGAGAUAUUCAUUCGAGUCGGAAUUUUCCUCCUCUUUGUAGUUCUCACCCACACGGCAAUGGUUUGGAUAAUUUACAAUUGGGUGAUUCCUUGGCUCCAAAACUGGUUCAUUGACAGGAUGCUUGACGACGUCCAAAGACGACUCGCAGACUUUGAAUGGAAUGGGAAAAAACUGUCAGAUUUCCAAAUUUAAUGGCGUCCGUGUGGGAAAAAUCAACGUCUCAAUCCAUCACUUUUUGAAAAUUAUAGAAAUAAAAUUUUACACGAUAAAAGCCAUAGUCUAAAUAAGCUCUGU